AACACAAAAGGAAUAAAAGAAAAAACAGAGAGAAAGUGGCGUCUGUCGUCGCGCGAUGGAAGCACUAAGUUUUCAGUGCGGUGGAACACAUCACAUCACUGAUCUAUGUGUGUGUAUAAAUAUGAAUAUGUUCUCAACUUGUUAAAUUAGCAUCUGAAUUCAAUUGAUCUUGAAGAAAGAAAUAUAAUAAUGGGGAUGAUGAGAAAGCACAGCAGAGCAGUCGGGGCAAUGGUGAUUAUUCAGAUAACGUGUACAGGAAUGACCCUUUUCUCUAAAUCCGCCAUUUCCAGAGGCAUGAAACCUUCCAUUUUUGUUGCUUAUCGUCAAGCCUUUGCCACUCUCGCCUUGGCUCCUUUUGCUCUAUACAUUGACAGGAAAAACCAACCUCCCCUGACGUUUAAAAUGCUCUGCAAGAUUUGUGUUGUUUCCUUGUGUGGUGCAGAGUGAACCUGAGCCUGAACCUGUUUUAUGCCGGAUUGAAUUAUGUCUCUGCCACAUUUGUUACCGCUGUAACCAACACUAUUCCUGCUAUGGUAUUUGUCAUAGCAAUUUGUUUAAGGUUGGAAAGGCUGGGGAUAAGAAAAAGUGAAGGAAAAGCUAAAGUGGUGGGGUGUAUCUUGAGUCUGUUUGGGGCCAUGGUCUUCACUUUUUAUAAAGGGCCUGUGCUAUAUCCAACUACUACACAUGAAGAAGCAAUGCAAAAGUCGCACCUUUCUGUAAAGACGCCUGCAUAUAGUAAAGAAGACUGGAUAAGAGGUUCUGUUCUUAUUCUUGGUGCUAACUUGACCUGGUCACUAUGGCUCAUCAUGCAGGCUCCGCUGAUGAAGCAAUAUCCAGCAAAGCUGCGGCUGGUAACGCUUCAGUGCACCAUUUGUUGCUUAAUGUCAACACUGUGGGGUGCCUUUGAAGAGAGGGAUUUAUCAUCAUGGAAACUAGGCUGGGACAUCAAUCUUCUCUCUGUCGCAUAUUGUGGAAUAGUGGUGACUGGGAUAUCAUAUUGGCUACAAGCAUGGGUUGUGGACAACAAAGGCCCAGUGUUUGCAAGCAUGUUCAGUCCAUUGGCGCUUAUAUUGACUGCCUUCUUCUCAACUCUUUUCUUCAAGGAAACCCUUCAUUGCGGAGGCGUGUUGGGAGCAGUAUUGCUGGUGAUGGGACUAUAUGGUUUUUUGUGGGGGAAGAAAAAGGAAACUAAAGAUAUGGCAGCGAGUGAGCCCAUCAAGUCCAAUAACCAAACCAAAGAUACAAGAGUUGAGCUGGAUACAAUAUCAUGCACAUCAGCAGAAAUUGAGGUCGUCCCAGAAGCCCAAAGAAGAUGUUGCAUUUGAUUCUACAAUGCUUUCUUUUUAUAGAUAUGCCUAACUUUUGUAAAAUGUAAUCCAAUGUGAAGGCAGCUUUAUAUAUUAAGAUAAAAUAUUGCAAGUUUUGUAAUGCAUUGUGAUUAUUUAAGCCUAUAAGGAUAUUGAAUACUUUAUUGUGAAAUGUGUUGAUUUAUGUGUUUAUUCAUUAUUAAUCUUGUACACACGUAGAUCAUGUACUAUCACAUUUAUAUAUUGUGUAGUCCAAUUUGUGAUAUUUAAAUUGACAUAAAUAUAAAUGAGAUGU